CUUCCUCUUUGUGGCUUCUCCUUUCCAAGCAGCUUUUUUUUUUUUUUUUUUUUUUUGGUCAAUGGUCAAUGAAAGCACAAGGAUGUACAUUCCAGAGGAAAACCACCAAGGUUCCAACUAUGGGAGCCCACGGCCAGCCCAUGCCAACAUGAAUACCAACGCAGCUGCGGGGCUUGCCCCUGAGCACAUCCCCACCCCCGGGGCAGCGCUGUCCUGGCAGGCGGCCAUCGAUGCUGCCCGGCAGGCGAAGUUGAUGGGCAGUGCUGCCAACACGACCAUCUCCACAGUCAGCUCCACACAGCGGAAGCGGCAGCAGUAUGGGAAACCCAAGAAACAAGGCGGCACGACCGCCACCCGGCCUCCCCGCGCCCUGCUCUGCCUCACCUUGAAGAAUCCCAUCAGGAGGGCGUGUAUAAGCAUCGUCGAAUGGAAACCGUUUGAAAUAAUUAUUUUGCUGACUAUUUUUGCCAAUUGUGUGGCCUUAGCGAUCUACAUUCCCUUCCCAGAGGAUGACUCCAAUGCCACCAACUCCAACUUGGAACGAGUGGAAUAUCUCUUUCUCAUCAUUUUUACCGUGGAAGCAUUUUUAAAAGUAAUCGCCUAUGGUCUUCUCUUUCACCCCAACGCUUACCUCCGCAACGGUUGGAACUUACUGGACUUUAUAAUUGUGGUUGUGGGGCUUUUCAGUGCCAUUUUAGAGCAAGCGACCAAAGCGGAUGGGGCCAACGCUCUAGGAGGGAAAGGGGCUGGAUUUGACGUCAAGGCGCUGAGGGCUUUCCGCGUGCUGCGCCCCCUGCGGCUGGUGUCCGGAGUCCCAAGUCUCCAGGUGGUCCUGAACUCCAUCAUCAAGGCCAUGGUGCCUCUGCUGCACAUUGCCCUGCUCGUACUGUUCGUCAUCAUCAUUUAUGCCAUCAUCGGCCUGGAGCUGUUCAUGGGGAAGAUGCACAAGACGUGCUACAACCAAGAGGGCAUAACAGACGUCCCAGCAGAAGAGGACCCUUCCCCCUGCGCCCUGGAGACGGGACACGGGCGGCAGUGUCAGAACGGGACCGUGUGCAAGCCCGGCUGGGAUGGGCCCAAGCACGGCAUCACCAACUUCGACAACUUUGCCUUCGCCAUGCUCACGGUGUUCCAGUGCAUCACCAUGGAGGGCUGGACGGACGUGCUCUACUGGGUCAAUGAUGCCGUAGGAAGGGACUGGCCCUGGAUCUAUUUUGUUACACUAAUCAUCAUAGGGUCAUUUUUUGUACUUAACUUGGUUCUCGGUGUUCUUAGCGGAGAGUUUUCCAAAGAGAGGGAGAAGGCCAAGGCUCGAGGGGAUUUCCAAAAGCUGCGAGAGAAGCAGCAGCUGGAAGAGGAUCUCAAAGGCUACCUGGACUGGAUCACCCAGGCCGAAGACAUCGAUCCCGAGAACGAGGACGAGGGCAUGGACGAAGAGAAGCCCCGCAACAUGAGCAUGCCCACAAGCGAGACGGAGUCCGUCAACACUGAGAACGUGGCUGGAGGUGACAUCGAGGGUGAAAACUGCGGGGCGAGACUGGCCCACCGGAUCUCCAAAUCCAAGUUCAGCCGCUACUGGCGCAGGUGGAACCGCUUCUGCAGAAGAAAGUGCCGUGCCGCGGUCAAGUCCAAUGUCUUCUACUGGCUUGUGAUCUUUCUCGUGUUCCUCAAUACGCUCACCAUUGCCUCCGAACAUUACAACCAGCCCCACUGGCUCACAGAAGUGCAAGACACGGCCAAUAAGGCACUGCUGGCCCUCUUCACUGCGGAGAUGCUUUUGAAGAUGUACAGCCUGGGCCUGCAGGCCUAUUUCGUGUCCCUCUUCAACCGCUUUGACUGCUUCAUCGUGUGUGGGGGCAUCCUGGAGACCAUCCUGGUAGAGACCAAGAUCAUGUCUCCCCUGGGCAUCUCGGUGCUGAGAUGUGUGCGGCUGCUCCGGAUCUUUAAGAUCACCAGGUACUGGAACUCCCUGAGCAACCUGGUGGCGUCCUUGCUGAACUCCGUGCGCUCCAUCGCCUCCCUGCUGCUGCUCCUUUUCCUCUUCAUCAUCAUCUUCUCCCUGCUGGGCAUGCAGCUCUUCGGAGGGAAGUUCAACUUUGAUGAGAUGCAGACCCGCAGGAGUACCUUCGAUAACUUCCCGCAGUCGCUCCUCACUGUCUUCCAGAUCCUGACCGGGGAGGACUGGAAUUCGGUGAUGUAUGAUGGGAUCAUGGCUUAUGGCGGCCCCUCUUUUCCAGGGAUGUUAGUCUGUAUUUACUUCAUCAUCCUCUUCAUCUGUGGAAAUUAUAUCCUACUGAAUGUGUUCUUGGCCAUUGCUGUGGACAACCUGGCUGAUGCUGAAAGCCUUACCUCUGCCCAAAAGGAAGAAGAAGAAGAGAAGGAGAGAAAGAAGCUGGCCAGGACUUCCAGCCCGGAGAAGAAACAGGAGGUGGUGGAGAAGCCGGCACGGGAGGAGACUAAGGAGGAGAAGAUUGAGCUGAAGUCUAUUACUGCUGACGGAGAGUCCCCACCCACCACCAAGAUCAACAUAGAUGAGCUCCAGCCCAGUGAAAACGAGGAUAAAGGUCCCUACUCCAACCCAGAUGCCACAGGAGAGGAAGAUGAGGAAGAGCCAGAGAUGCCUGUGGGGCCACGCCCUCGGCCCCUUUCUGAGCUGCACCUUAAGGAAAAGGCCGUGCCCAUGCCAGAAGCCAGUGCAUUUUUUAUAUUCAGCCCCAACAACAGGUUCCGCCUCCAGUGCCACCGCAUCGUCAACAACACCAUCUUCACCAACCUGAUCCUCUUCUUCAUUCUGCUCAGCAGCAUCUCCCUGGCUGCCGAGGACCCCGUGCAGCACACCUCCUUCAGGAAUCAUAUUCUGUUUUAUUUUGACAUUGUUUUCACUACCAUUUUCACCAUUGAAAUUGCUCUGAAGAUCCUAGGCAAUGCAGACUAUGUCUUCACUAGUAUCUUUACAUUAGAAAUUAUCCUUAAGAUGACUGCAUAUGGGGCUUUCCUGCACAAGGGCUCUUUCUGCCGAAAUUACUUCAACAUCCUGGACCUGCUGGUGGUCAGCGUGUCCCUCAUCUCCUUUGGCAUCCAGUCCAGUGCCAUCAACGUCGUGAAGAUCCUGCGAGUUCUGCGAGUCCUCAGACCCUUGAGGGCCAUCAACCGGGCAAAGGGGCUAAAGCACGUGGUUCAGUGUGUGUUCGUAGCCAUCCGGACCAUAGGGAACAUUGUAAUUGUCACCACGCUGCUGCAGUUCAUGUUUGCCUGCAUUGGGGUCCAGCUCUUCAAGGGAAAGCUCUACAGUUGCUCAGAUAGUUCCAAACAGACGGAGGCAGAGUGCAAGGGGAACUACAUCACAUAUAAAGACGGGGAGGUUGACCACCCCAUCAUCCAGCCCCGCAGCUGGGAGAACAGCAAGUUUGACUUUGACAACGUGCUGGCGGCCAUGAUGGCCCUUUUCACCGUCUCCACCUUCGAGGGGUGGCCAGAGCUGCUUUAUCGCUCCAUUGACUCCCACACAGAAGACAAGGGCCCCAUUUACAACUACCGUGUGGAGAUCUCCAUCUUCUUCAUCAUCUACAUCAUCAUCAUCGCCUUCUUCAUGAUGAACAUCUUCGUGGGUUUCGUCAUUGUCACUUUCCAGGAGCAGGGAGAGCAAGAGUACAAGAACUGUGAGCUGGACAAGAACCAGCGACAGUGUGUGGAAUACGCCCUCAAGGCCAGGCCUCUGCGGAGGUACAUCCCCAAGAACCAGCACCAAUACAAAGUGUGGUACGUGGUCAACUCCACCUACUUCGAGUACCUGAUGUUCGUCCUCAUCCUGCUAAACACCAUCUGCCUGGCCAUGCAGCACUAUGGCCAGAGCUGCCUGUUCAAAAUUGCCAUGAACAUACUCAACAUGCUUUUCACUGGGCUCUUCACUGUGGAGAUGAUCCUCAAGCUCAUUGCCUUCAAACCCAAGGGUUACUUUAGUGAUCCCUGGAAUGUUUUUGACUUCCUCAUCGUGAUUGGGAGCAUAAUUGAUGUCAUUCUCAGUGAAACUAAUCACUAUUUCUGUGAUGCAUGGAAUACAUUUGACGCCUUGAUUGUUGUGGGUAGCAUUGUUGAUAUAGCAAUCACCGAGGUACACCCAGCUGAACAUACCCAAUGUUCUCCCUCUAUGAGCGCAGAGGAGAACUCCCGCAUCUCCAUCACCUUUUUCCGCCUCUUCCGCGUCAUGCGCCUGGUGAAGCUGCUGAGCCGCGGGGAAGGCAUCCGGACGCUGCUGUGGACCUUCAUCAAGUCCUUCCAGGCCCUGCCCUACGUGGCCCUUCUGAUUGUGAUGCUAUUCUUCAUCUAUGCAGUGAUCGGCAUGCAGGUCUUUGGGAAGAUUGCCCUGAAUGAUACCACCGAGAUCAACAGAAACAACAACUUCCAGACCUUCCCCCAGGCUGUACUGCUGCUCUUCAGGUGUGCCACAGGGGAGGCCUGGCAAGACAUCAUGCUGGCCUGUAUGCCGGGCAAAAAGUGCGCGCCGGAGUCGGAGCCCAGCAACAGCACGGAGGCGGAGACGCCCUGUGGCAGCAGCUUUGCCGUGCUCUAUUUCAUCAGCUUCUACAUGCUGUGCGCUUUCCUGAUCAUCAACCUCUUUGUAGCUGUCAUCAUGGACAACUUUGACUACCUGACAAGGGACUGGUCCAUCCUUGGUCCCCAUCAUCUGGACGAAUUUAAAAGAAUCUGGGCAGAGUAUGACCCGGAGGCCAAAGGUAGAAUCAAACACCUAGACGUGGUGACCCUGCUGCGGCGAAUUCAGCCUCCCUUGGGGUUUGGGAAGCUGUGUCCUCACCGUGUGGCCUGCAAACGCCUGGUUUCCAUGAACAUGCCGCUGAACAGUGAUGGGACAGUCAUGUUCAACGCCACCUUGUUUGCCCUGGUCAGGACAGCCCUGAGGAUCAAAACAGAAGGGAACCUGGAACAAGCCAAUGAGGAACUCAGGGCUAUCAUCAAGAAGAUCUGGAAACGGACCAGCAUGAAGCUCCUGGACCAGGUGGUGCCCCCUGCAGGUGAUGAUGAGGUCACAGUCGGCAAAUUUUAUGCUACUUUCCUGAUCCAAGAGUACUUCCGGAAAUUCAAGAAACGCAAAGAGCAGGGGCUGGUGGGCAAGCCUUCACAGAGGAAUGCUCUGUCCCUUCAGGCCGGCCUGCGCACGCUGCAUGACAUCGGGCCUGAGAUCCGUCGGGCCAUCUCUGGAGAUCUGACUGCUGAGGAAGAGUUGGACAAGGCCAUGAAGGAGGCUGUGUCUGCUGCCUCUGAAGAUGACAUCUUCAGGAGGGCCGGGGGCCUGUUUGGCAACCAUGUCAGCUACUACCCCAGCGACAGCCGGAGCACCUUCCCCCAGACUUUCACCACGCAGCGCCCACUGCACAUCAAUAAGACAGGAAACAACCAAGGUGACACGGAGUCACCAUCCCAUGAGAAACUCGUGGACUCCACUUUCACACCCAGCAGCUACUCGUCCACCGGCUCCAAUGCCAACAUCAACAAUGCCAACAACACUGCCCUGGGCCGCCUCCUCCCUCCCACCGGCUACUCCGGCAUUGCCGGCACGGUGGAGGACCACGGGCCUCACUUAUCUCCCGUCCUCCGGGGCCACGAGGCGGCAUGCAAGCUCAGCUCCAACAGGUGCCUCUCCUGUGAGAGCCAGAGAAGCAUGGCGAGCCGGGAGGAGCCAUUUCCGGGCAGAGCCUGCAACGUUCGGAUGGAUGAAGAUGCCGAGUGCUGCAGUGAGCCCAGCCUGCUGGCCACAGAGAUGCUCUCCUACCAGGAUGAUGAAAAUCGACAGCUGACGUCUCCAGAGGGGGACAAGAAGGAGAUGCAGCCAUCUCCAAAGAGGGGCUUCCUGCGUUCCGCCUCGCUAGGUCGAAGGGCCUCUUUCCACCUGGAGUGUCUGAAGCGACAAAAGAACCCAGGUGGAGAUAUCUCUCAGAAGACAGUCCUGCCCUUGCAUCUGGUUCAUCAUCAGGUGUUGGCAGUGGCGGGUCUGAGCCCCCUCCUCCAGAGAAGCCAUCCCCCCACCACGUUCACCAGGCCGUGCCCCACGCCUCCCGCCACCCUGGGCAGCCGGGGCAGGCCCCCACAGCCCAUCCCCACCUUGCAGUUGGAGGGGGCUGAGUCCAACGAGAAACUCAACAGCAGCUUCCCGUCCAUUCACUGCAGCUCUUGGUCCGAGGAGGCCACCGCCUGUGGUGGGGACAGCAGCACGGUCCGGAGAGCCCGGCCUGUCUCCCUCACUGUCCCCAGCCAGGCUGGGUCUCCGGGGAGACAGUUCCAUGGCAGUGCCAGCAGCCUAGUGGAAGCGGUCUUGAUUUCGGAAGGACUGGGGCAGUUUGCUCAAGAUCCCAAGUUCCUCGAGGUCACCACCCAGGAGCUGGCCGACGCCUGCGACAUGACGAUCGAGGAGAUGGAGAAUGCCGCGGACAACAUCCUCAGUGGGGGAGCGCAGCCGAGCCCCAACGGCACCCUCUUACCUUUCGUGCGCCGCAGGGACCCGGGGCCGGGCGCGGCGCGGCGGGGCGCGGAGGACGAGAGCUGCGCGUGCGCGCCGGGCCGGGCCCGCGGCGAGGAGGCGGCGGUGCGGGACGGCAGCCGGGCCUACGUCAGCAGCCUGUAG